AUGAGUGUUUCUCGGAAUUAUAGUGGGCAAACUUCAGACACCCCCAAAUUCGCUGUGGGUCUCACUCCAGAGGAAAAAACUCUUUACUCGCAAUUGUUCCGUGCUUUGGAUCCCGAUGGCUCAGGCAUUGUCACUGGAGAAAAGGCCCGUGCCACAUUUGAGAAAUCUGACUUGCCGCCUAGUGUUUUGGGCGAGAUCUGGCAGCUUGCUGACCAAGAUAAUGUGGGAUUUUUAACGCAGUUUGGUUUCUGUUAUGCCAUGCGCUUGAUUGGGGCGACUCAAGCUGGCAAUCGCCCAUCGCCGGCUCUAGCGGAGAAGCCAGGCCCGUUACCGCGUUUCUCAGGGUUGCCUCUUUUGCUGGGGCCAGGCGCCAAUGGCACUCACUUGCAGCCACAAGGAACAAAUUCGUCUCUCUUGCAGACUCAGCCUAGUGCUUCAGUGCCCCUUUCUGUUGGUCAGCCUCAGUCCCAGGAACCUGUGGCGCCCGUGUCCGCAGCAGACUACCAGCGCUUCAGCCAGAUGUACAUCAAAACUACAGGAUCUGCAACUGCGCUAUUGGAUGGUGCAUCUGCGCGUGAUAUCUUCCUCAAAGCGAAAUUGCCCACAGACACUUUGGGUCGUAUUUGGGGCUUGGUGGAUGUGAACAAUCGCGGGGCUUUGGAUUUACCAGCGUUUGUGAUGGCAAUGCAUCUCAUCCACGGUGUUCUCAGUGGCACUUUACGGACUUUGCCCCCAUUCUUGCCUCCUCAUGUCUGGCUGUCUGUUCAAGGACAGGCAUCUGAGCGCCUGGUGUCUAAUGCGAGCGCAACAGCGCCUGGAGGAAACGCUUCUUUUAGUUCUGGAUCUGCAAUUCGCUCGCCACUGCCAGCAGGUGACUGGGUAGUAUCAGCAGCCCAAAAGCAACAGAUGGAUGCGAUUUUCGACUCGUUAGACAAGGAACACACGGGCCAAUUGGGAGCAGACCAGGUCGCCUCGUUUUUGAUGACGUCGCGCUUGGAUCAACAAGAUCUUGCUUCAAUUUGGGAUUUGGCCGAUAUCCAGAACACCGGUGUGUUUGGAAGAGUGGAGUUCGGCAUUGCCUUGUUUUUGGUUAAUAGAAGACGUGCAGGACAAUCGUUGCCAAACGUGGUACCAGACUCGUUGAUCGCGUCGCUUAGACUGACUAAGCCCCAACAAGCUCAGUCUCAACCUCCAGCACCUUCUCAGCCUACUCAUAAUCAGAUUUCUUCAUCCCAACUGUUCCAAGGCCAACCUGCGCAAACCCUGUCAGCUCAGCAGACACUGGCUUCAUCCGGUCCACUGGCUGCUCCUCCCCAACCAAGGUCUGCUCUCGAUGACUUGGCAGAUAUUUUCAGCUCGCCGGCUCCAUCCAAACCAGCUUUGCAGUCGACCUCUAGCAGCAGUGAUUUGACAUCAGCAGAGUUACCUAAGGUGCGUAAACAGGCGACCUCAUCCUUUGUCCCAACUUCGUCUUUCAAGCCAACUCUGACUUUUGGCCAGACUUUGCUUCAGUCUAAGGAUACAAGCUUAAUUGGUGAUGACGUUUCGCAAGCGAAACCGCAGACUCCUGUGGAACCACCGAAGCCAAAGUCUGUGGACACGCCUAAGGCUGUGGACUACGAGGCGUUACGCUCAGUUCCUCCUCCUCCUCCUAAGGCACGCGAUUCUUCCCAGGCUUCGGUUCAAUCCCCUGUAUCUAGCCCAUACUCGGCUCAGCCUCCUCAUUAUUCCGGUCAGGAGGUGAACAAACCUUUGAACCGCGACACAUUCCAACCCCCACAACCAACUACUCAAUCCAGCCAAUACGACUUUCCAUCUCCUGUGCGUGGAAAUUCCGACUUAUUAGCUGAUCCCAAUAGCGAAAUCUCUGGCAAGUUAUCUGAAGCAACGUCUGAUAUUGCUAAUAUUUCGAACCAAGUUAAAUCCUUGUCCGGUCAGACAUCCAACUUACACGAGAAGAAAAUACGCUCCGAACAGGAAUUGGCACGUAUAUUGGCCGUUAAGGAAGAUAUUGAAGCCAAGUUGCGCCAAUUACGCGCUUCAUAUACUAAUGAGGUGAAACAAGUCGAACAAGUGGAAGCUAAUUUGGCUUCUGCGCAAGAAGAGAACGAGGCAUUGAGAUCUGAGGCAUCUAUAUCUGAGGCUAAGCUCAAUCAGAUCUCAGGUGAGCUUAAUGAGAAGCAAGUUGCUGUUGAAGAGCUCCAAAAGACGAACUCUGCGCUCAAAGAAAAAUUGGGCUACAUGAACGCGGAGAUCUCUGAAUUGGAGAAACUGAUUGAGGCUAAGGUUGCAGAAAACAAACUGUUGUCCAAUGAAGUAAGUAUCAAGAAGUCGCAGUUGCAAGUGGCAAUUGUCAAGGUAGAUGAUUUCAAGAGAAACAUCACUGAUCUUGAAACAUCGAAUGUCAAGCUCAAGGAGGAAAUAGAACGCGCUCACCAAGAGCGAGUUGCUGCUGAGAAUCAUGCCAGGGAAUUGCAACUCCAGCAAGAGAAAUUACAAGCUCAACAAAAGGAACUUCAAGCACAAAGUGAAGCAGCAAAGAAACUGUCAGGCUCUAAUAUUGGUGCUAAAGCAAUUAGUGCUGUUGCUGGUGCCGUGGUUGGUGGUGCAGCUGCUGUUGGAGCUCACGCACUUUCGAGUGGUAGCAACGAAGCUAAAACAUCUCAAGAGGUUCCUUCUGAAGCUACUCCUACCGGGAGAGAAGUCUCGGAGCCAAUUCCAUCUGUGACUGAAUCAGCUCCUUCUGCUGUUUCAGCGAAGGAUGUUUCUGGUCCGUCUGCAAAUAAUUCAACUACUUCUGAAUCCGCGGAACAGAAGAUGCCAGGAUCACUUGAUUUCGAUGACCUUCCCGAUGCAACUGUAAGCGGCUCAGACGUGGCAAACAUCCACGUGGAUCAACUUGUGGAAAAGCCCAGUAGUGACAUGACCGGUCUUGACAGCGGAAUGGAAACCAAAGAACUAGAGGCAACAGAGUACGAACCAGAAGACUUGGAUGGGCUCAAAAGACGUUUCCCCGAGGUGGACUACGACCAGACGGAUCAAACUGUUUCCUCUUCUGGGGUGACUGGCUCCUUUAGACCAACCGAAGGCGCUGAGACACCAGUUACAUCACCAGAGAACUCCGAGUACAGGUUCCUGUCCGCUAACGCAGGGGUGGUUGGCAGUAUGGUCGGUAUGCCAGGUGUUCUCGUUGGCGUUCAACGCACGGAUUCUUUGACAUCAAGCGUCCAGAAUAAUGCCUCAAUGUCUGUUCGUGAUGACAACAUUGAUAACGAUAGCGAACGCGAAACUUUAGGAGAGGAUCCUACUGGACAAGCAGAUGUGGGUAAAGACAUCAAAGUCGAUGGCCAAACGGAAGAUUCCAGUGAGGGUGAGCACCAUUCAUCUGGUGUUGGACUGUUUGAAUUGGUGAAUGCGGAAGAUGCGAAAGGACCAGAAAGUCAAUCGAAUGUGACCGACGCUACUGUUCUGACUGAGGAGACUGUAUCUGUCCAUCCAAGAACCACAGAUGAAGAAUUCCCACCAAUCAAAGAGUUGGACUAUGACGAGUCGUCUUCUUCCUCCGAUGAAGAAUCACCUGAAAACUUUGAUGAUGCCGUUGAUAAUUUGGGCACAGGUCCUUCUCCAGAAAGUGAAUUUGACGAUGACUUCAAUAGUCUUGCACCAGCAGAAGAAGAAAAGACGAAAGAAGUGCAAGACGAUUUCUUUGACGAGGAAUUUGAUGGGCUAACGGCAGCAAAUGAAGACAAGGAGGUAUUUGACUCUGAACCACAGGAUAUCUCCAUUGAUGAUCAUUUCACUGGAGCAGCUGAAGUCAACGAGUUUGAUGGAACAAGAAGUGCAAUGCCAGACUUUUCUGCUGCAGGGUCCGGUGCGCAGGAUAGCAACGACGAAUGGGAACAAUUGUUUGCUGGUUUUGGAUCCGCUGGCGCAGUUGCACCAGCUGGUGCUUCCCAGACCCAGGCGUCUCACGACCAGCCCUCUGUGCAAGAUUCCUCAAAAGAUUUGGCUAUUGAGGAAUUAGUCGGAAUGGGUUUUGAAAAAGAUGUUGUUCUCAAUGCUUUGCAAAAAGAAAACUGGAACAUCGAAGCAGCCACAAACUACUUAUUGGACAAUGCUUAA